AUUUCCGGAAUUUCAAAGGACAAAGCUAAGACCAAGAUGUAAGGAUGCACCUCCAUAUCACCAUUAUCAACAUUGUUGGUCUGUAACAGGAAUAUGAAGUUCACAGGAAUUUGAUAAAACAGUAUGGUUUAAUGUUGGGAAAGCUGUAAGGUGAUGCUGUUGUUUCUCCUGAAGAAUGAUAAAAUCAAAUAGGAAUUUCUUGUAAAUGCAAUUAAACAGCAAUGGGGGACGAAGAACCAUUGCUAAUGAACAGGAUUGGAGGGAGUGGAAAGGAAAUGCAGGCAAUGGUAGUGCCAAAUAAGGAAGCGAUAGAAGAUAAAGGGAGGCAAAAAGAAUUGCUUUGUCACUAUUGUGACAAAGUGUUCUACAAGCAGAAAAACCUUAAAGUCCACUUGUGUAUUCACACUGGUGAAAAGAAGUUACAAUGCAAUACAUGUGGGAAAUCUUUUAUUCAAAGUUGUCAUCUAAAGCGGCAUCUACGAAGCCAUUCCGGUGAAAAACCUUACUCCUGUGAUAUAUGUGGAAACCAGUUUUCACAGAAUGGACAUCUUCGAGUCCAUUUAAAGUCUCAUUUUGGCAACAAGAACUACAAAUGCGAAUAUUGCCCUAUGGCCUUUGUCCAGAACAGUCAUCUUAAAAGACAUAUGCGUUCUCAUAUGACCAUUCGUCCUUACAAAUGUGAGCUGUGUGACAAAACAUACAAGUUUAGUGACCAUCUGUAUAUUCAUCUGCGCCGUCACACAGGGGAGACACCCUAUCACUGCACAUUGUGUGACAAGGCCUUCCACACCAGUGCUAAUCUUAAUGCACACGUCAAAAUCCACAAUAAAUAUGUUGAUCGCAAGUUCAAAUGCCAAAUCUGCGUUAAGAAGUUCCACACAAAUUAUGCUUUGGUGAAACACAUGGCCGUACAUACACCAGAAACACCAUUUUCUUGCCGUCUUUGCUCCAAGAGUUUCAAGUACAAGGGCAAUUUAAAACAUCAUUUUGAUGUGCAUAGUAAUGAUGCAAAUAUGAAGUUGUUAAAAUGUGUCAUUUGCGUUAAACGUUGUACAUCAUUCCAAAAUCUGAAAGAUCAUAUGUUGUCUCAUUAUGAAGAAACAUGCAAAACACACAAAUGUGAAAUAUGCAACAAAACAUUUCGGAUAAAAAGUAGCCUUCAAAUGCACCAUUCCUUACACACUGGGCUUAAAUUAGCCUACAGAUGUUUAGAAGUAUCCUGCCAGUUUGAGUCGAAAACAGUUGAGGAGAUGAAGGACCACUGCACUACUUGGCAUAAUGUUCAAGUGGAAGAUGGUUUACAUAAUGGCACUGAUAAUAGCACACCAAGUUAUGAUGAAACAGAAGAAAAUGUUUCUGCUUCGGUAAAAAAAUUGAAGUGUCCUAUGGGAUGUUCACAGAAAUUUGACAAUAUUACUGAUCUUGUUAGCCACCUAAAAUGUCAUAUAAAAAUUGAAAAGACUAAGAAGUCCGUCGAUCAUUCCUCAUUUGGUAGGAUUUCUGAUUCAGAUGUUAAGAAGACUGUCUUAGGAGUUGGUGAGAAUGCCUUAGGUAGUAAUACUGGAGCAAUUCAGGACAACGAUGGUCGUCAGGAGAAAUCAUCCUCACAGCUUGAUCCAGUUAGUAUGCUGAUUGAAACUGCAGAACAGGUAUUACCUGGCUAUCGUGAUCAAAGAAGUACAGGUGUUCAAAUUCAUGAGAAUCUUGUAGAGAAAGCAACUGAACAAUUGAUACAGAUAAAUGCCAGUCCUGAAGAAAAACAAGAAAUGUUGGUAAUUGAUCAAUCCAGUUAUCCCCAUGUUACCAGUGCAAAGCUGAAAGGAAUGUUUUGUAACGAGAAACAGUAUUCAAAUACUCCUUCAACAGGAAAAACAACUGUUUCCUACUCAGUUGUAGUUCCAGGGAGUUCAGGUCUCGAGGUGUCAACUUCUCAUGAUAAGAUGCAUCAAAUCCCUGUUCUAGUGCAAACUUUGUCAAGUCUAUCAGACGAAAACGAUAAUACAGAAAAUUUGUUGCAGAAUACCGAGCAAACUUUCCAAACGAUUAGAGAAUCUUUUGGUUCAAGGUCUACUGCUGGAGAGAAAAACGACCAUAUUGCUUGUAGUUCCUUGGAAAUUAAUGGAAACAAUUACAUAACACAUGGAAUAGAGCAGUCUGAAUCUUCUUUUGUUACAGAUAAAAAUGGUCACCAGUCUUUGAUAGUUGGGAAAAACAUGAUCAGAAUGCUUGACAAAUCUGACGGAACAGAUUCAACUGAAAAUGUUCAGUUACAUGAUGAAAACAUUCAGGAGAUUGUGGUUGAUGAACAGACUAUGCAUGAGCUGGUCGUAGGGACAACAGAGAUUCCAAUUUCUGGUGGUGUUGACACAAGGUUUUACCAUCUCGAUCAUAGUGCUAACUAUCAUCAACAACUGAGUGUUGAAGAAGUGGUUGUCCCAACAAAACCAGAGGAAGACGUAACUGAUGAGGACACCAUUGGUAGUGAGGGUGGAAUAAAUGACUUAAAUCAAACUGUAAAUAAGGACGUGGCCACUUUAAGUUCCUUCAGUGGAUCCAAUGACAGCAGUGAUAUAUCAGUUACAGGUAGUGGCAAACCAAAUUUUGUUCCAAACACAUUUGUACCUGAAGUAGAUGAAACCCAAUUUCAAUAUGUGCCUUUUACUACAGAGAAGAGUGUCUUUAUCGAUAGCAUUGGAGACCAUAGGUAUGUGUUAUCCUAUGGUGAUAAUUCUGUUGUAGCCGGGGAAACUAAAGUAACAGAACAACAACACUCACAAUUGAACAUGAUUGGCACGAAAAACACAAUGCAUGCACAAUGUCCUUUCUGUAAUGAACAUUUUCAGGACAAUAAAGCAUUGAAGGAUCACUUGAGAGGUCACAUGGUUAUGUCAGAGAAGGUUGUAGUGAACGUUGUCAUGUAUCUGUGCCAUGUAUGUGAUACAGAGUUCAAUAGCAAGGAGAAUUUGAAGACACACUUGAAGUCGCACAUUUAGACUGUAUUUUUAGUGUACCUUUAUAAGGCAGUUGUUCUAUUAUUUCUUACAAGAAAUGUAUUGUAAGAGGAAUGUUUAUAAUCUAGACAGAUUAAAACUAGACUCGAAAAAAUAAAAGAAAGUAUAAUAUAUAUAGCUCUGUUGUGUAUAGGAGGUGAUAGGGGGAUGAAUGGGAUAAAAAUGGAAGUUGUAUAUCAGUUAUAGCCAUGAUGUAGAGAAAUGUGAGGUGAUUGGGGUAUAACAACAUAUUUGUCACUCUCAUUAACCUGCCAUGGGAGCAGGAAAUAUAAUUGCAUGUGUGAUAAAGAGAAAUAAUUUUGAAUAUCUAGAACAGCAAAUCUAAGCCACAAAUUGGCUGCCUUCAUUUGAUUUUGUCAUAAACUAUUUUACUCUGGAACCGUUCAAAUUCUAACGUUUCUGAGAUAACGAAGGAAAGUUAUUUGUUUACUUAGUUUUCUUUUUCACAAAGGCUCACUAAAAAUGAAGUCUUGUUUCAUAAAUUCUCAUGCUAUGUAUGAAAUGAAAAUUCAUGAAAAUUUGGACAUAAUAUUACCUGUAUCUGAUGUAACUGUGUCUUAAGAGCAUGUACCACUACUUGUACUUAUUAAAUUAUAUAAGUACUCUCUUAAGUUUAUAACAACACUUAGCACAGUGCAAAUGAGAAGGAUUCGGAAACUAGUUGCAUCAACUUAUAUAAAUCUGUUUCCUAAUGAUUUGGUAAUAUCUAUGUCAUAGCUAUUUAUUGUUUUUUUUUUCAUUAUUCAAUAUACCUCAUUGCUCAAAGUGAGAAGAUGAUGUUUUUUUUAUUUCAUUUACAAAUGUUACUGGUGUUGUAGGUAUAGGGAAAUUCAAGUUAAGUUAUAUUAUAUUACAUAUUUAAACAUUGUUUACUACUCACAUGUGUGUUUUUUGCAUUUGAUUAGAAAACAGUUUUUGUCUGAAUCUUUGUGUGAUUAUGGCUAUUUUUUUGGUAUUGAAAUCUGGAUAAAACCGAUAUAACACAACUAUAUAUAUCAAGUUAUGCAUACAUUUAAAUAAAACAUUGUAGCACAUACUCUAAAUCAAUGUAUUUUUUUGUGAUUUAACUAUCUAUGACUAAUUUGCGGUAUUUUUGUGGGUCUUACAUAUCAUAGUGUAAAAUUGGCAUCUUUUGAUGGUUGAUACUUUUCCUGUCUGUUCAAAGAUGUGAACAUUGGAUAAAUAAAUCAUUCUGAAAUA